AUGGUGCCAAAGCGAGUUCUCAAACCAGCGCCUCAGGUGGUUCCAGCUUUGCCGCCUGCUAGUGCGCAACCUGCCCCUAGCAAGCUGCUCCCAGUUUAUGAUGAGGAGGCAGAAGCCGUGAAAGAUUUGCCACCAACACCAAUGGAGCAGAUCCCUGACUGUGUGGUUGAAGAGGCCCCCAUGCAGACUCAGGCGGGGUCAGUGCCAGCCCCUGCUGUCAUGAUGCCACCACCUGCAACGGCAUCUGCUACUGGACUUGCGACACCUGUGGAUCAUGGGCAAGAUGUUCCUCGUUCGCCUGACGGUGAGGAUGAGCCCAUGUCCAAACGAGCAAGAAUUUGCAUGAUUGCUGGUGUUGAGUAUGAACAUGAAGAUGAUCACAAUUACACCACGUUCAGUGGCAGUGAGCUUGAUGCGAUGGAAGAGUUUGACUUUGGCCUGACAACUGAUGAUGUUUCUAGUGAGGAGCCACAGUUCUCUGCAGAGAAGAUGGCCCAGCUUGACUCGAUAGCCAUGUAUGUGGAAACAACACGCUUGAAACAGAUGGAAGUGCUCUUGCCACCUGAGACCUUGCAAGGGACUGACCCCAAACGGCUGUCCACUCGUUUUGUCAUCACAUGGCGUGACAAGGUGAUUGAUGGAAAGAGGAUUGUUGCCCUGAGCUCAGCAGAAGCUGAGGUUCAUGCUGCAGUGUCUACAACAUGUGACGGCUUGCUUCUUCGCAUUUGCUUGGAGUUUUGCGUUGGUGAAAAGAUACGUUUGAAAAUCAUUGUGGAUAACAGCGCAGCCAAGCAGGUGCUUCAACGGAGUGGAGUCGGACGCAUACGUCACCUUUCAUGCAGAGUGUUGUGGAUUCAGCAGCUGGUCAAGUCAAAGCAGUUGGAAACCAGCACAAUUCCAACAAAGGAAAACUAUGCAGACCUUGGGACGAAGAAGCUUUCCAGAGACAGAAUGCAGUACUUGAUGAAUGGUGUUGGCGUUUUCGAUGAGAGCGUGGGCGAGCUUGUUGGUGCUGAGAUAGUUUUGAGAGAAAAGGCCGCAGGUGACUUCAGACAUGUCCUGCGUAUGAUGCGUGAAAGUAUUGGAGAAGACUCCAAUCACAAAACGAUGGUUUCAGCCAAGAAGACGUUGCGUGCUUUGCUGAUGUUGACCCUUGUGAGCACAACAGACGCCUUGAGCCUACCGAGCCCAAUGUCGUUUUUGCUGCGUGAGCAAUUUCCAAACCAUGGAUUUUCACUGGCAGUGAUCUCAUUUUUGGUGAUUCUUUUCGUUUGCGUUUCUGCAGUGGCCAUGAUGCCGCAUGUGAAUGAACCCGAACCAGAAGCUGAAGUGAGUGUUGAGAGAGAAGCCCGAGCUUCAACAAGACAGUUCAACAAACCGGCAGUUUAUGGUUUUCUUUGCGUUUCCGUGAAACAGACCUUGCGUUUGAUCGACGAGGCUGAAUACGAGAGCAAUGAUGCUGAAGUGAGUUCACUGAAUGCCAUGCAUGAGUUGCUGAUGGAUAUGUAUUCACGGUUUGAAGAAGAUGGUAUUUCUCCAGAAGGUGUUCGAUCCAUGGUGGAGCUUCACAAUUCCUUGAGAAGUCAUGAACCUGAGUUCAAUGCUUUCAGUUGCAUCAGUGUGGAGCCUGAAAGUGGAUUCACAAACGAUGCUGAUGAACCAGAAGUUGAAAGUUUUCUUCCUCCAGAUCCUCCUGCUGAUUUCGUUUUGAUAGAGCCUGCUGCAGCGUUUGAACCCCACAGUCCAGAGCAUAUGGCGCUUUGGAUGAUUCAAAGGUUGACAGAACGUUUGGGAAGAGCCAUGGAAAGUGGCCGUGCUGCGAGCGUUUUGAAAUAUGUGGAGCAGAGAGAAGUCAUGGUUCGAAUCUGUUGGUUCUGUUCAGAGCACCCAGAACAAAGAAAUGGAGUCUGGAUGAUGAUGCAAGAUCUUACCGAUCUUUCGAGCUCAGACGAUGAGAGUUAG